UCCUCCGCCGCCGCCGACCCCGAUCUUACCUUCCAUCGCCGCCUCCAAUUAUCAACCCUACCAACCAUCGAUCCCUCCUUCCCCUUGCGCACCUCCUCUCCCCUUAUCCUCCCAACUUCGACCCAUCCGAGCUUCCUCGCCGAAGCCUUCAAAGAUCCUCCCACCUCCCUCGACACGUCCUCCCCGUCACCGAGCUCCACCGGCGUUUGAGAUCCGCCUUCCACCCCGGUUGCACCCGCCACUCUUACUAUCGUCACCGCCCCAAGGCCUUUCUACAGGAGAGACACCGGUCUUUGUCCCCGACCAUGCUUCAAGGAGAAAAGCAAGGAAAGAGGUUGAUGGCUGCAGAGAAACCCAUCAUCAAGGCACAUCACCUUGGCAAUGACAACAUCGAGUACUACACAUGUCCUAUUACGAGCAUGAUGUCCAUGAUGAAGAACAAGGUCACGCAAUACCGCAGGUUCGAGAAGCGCGUGAUCAAGGGGAGGUCAACGUGUGGUGAUGUGAAGACACUACAGGGCAACUAUAGCUGGAUCCCGGAGGGUUGGGCGAUGGAGAUAAGGGCUGAAGGGGAGGGGGUGAACAAAAAAAUAUUCAAGUUCUUCGUCCAUAAGUCCUCCGGGGUGCGAUUUACAAACAAAGAUGAUUUAGAGGCCUUUGAAAAAAUAGUACGAGUGCCAAAGGUGCCACUGCCAUCCAAAGAAGAUGGGUCUAAACAAGAUGUGUCUAAAAAAGACGUGCUGCUCUUUGAAGAACCAAUAAAAAAGAGGAAGACCCCCAGAGCCUGCAAAGACCCAGACGCAGUAGAGUGCGAUACGAGCUCUCAGGAUAACAUGAUUGCACAGCUUGACUUCUAUACUGAGCGUUUAUCCGCUGGAUGGGUGAAGGAAACCUACUUCAGACCAGGCAAGAAAAAUAAGAAAGACACGUAUUUUACCGCCCCUUCUAGUUCUGAGUAUCUCGUGUUCCGUACGAAGAAGGAUGCAACGAAAUACUUCUGGACUGGAGAACGUCCUAAAGAUUCUUGGAAACCGACAAAGAGUGUCACCAAGAAGUACAAAGACUUGAUUGUUACAGAUGCAGAUGAAAAAGACCUAGAUGGUCAACAUGAGCCCAAGGAAAAGAAGCCUAAGACUACAAGCACCGAAGCCGACGAGGCAAUGACCUGCUCACAUGCUAGGCUGCUAGGAAUCUGCUAGGAAUCAAUCAAGGCCAAGAGAAAAAUUCAAGAAAACCAGAGUGAUCAAUGGCAGCAUUUUUCGGCUUAAAAAAAGAGAAGGAACACUGCCGCUGCGAAGCUAUUUCCACCUUGUGUUGUAAACUUAAUUAUAUGGUGGGUUUGUCGUGAAACUUGCAACCAAAGGGGACAGUGGUAGGAGGUUUUUGUCCCAUUGUCCGACUCCGAGUAUGUCCUCGGUGUGUUGAACCUGUUUCCUUUUUUCUAUUUUUGCUUUUGUGUUUUACUUCCUGAGAACCUAGCCUUCCUAGAAUUGUGAAUUGUUUAA